AGCUGUGUCUCUGCUAUCACAAUCACCCACAGGGAAAUAGGACAUUCUGAACUUGAAAUAUCUUUCGGCGCAACUCCAUAAUGGACAAAAAUAUUUUAAUAUUUUGUCUUUUAUAUGGAGCGUUAGUAAACGCAAAUUUUGAUCAGGUUGAUAAUAAUUUCACAACCACCACCUUACAAGAGUAUGGGUAUUUGCAAGGCAAUAACUUCGACAAUAACAAUUCAAGUUUAUAUAAUUCGUCACUGGAGGCGUCCUUCAAUAUUACGUCAAAUGAAACGGCGUUUGAACUUAUUGCAACAGCUAACAGGAUUGUGGAUAAAUCUAACAAAACCCCAGAUUUUCCUGAAGAUUUUACGCUCUCAUUUUCAAAUCUCUCAAGUCAUGAAUGCCUGAAGCUGCAUGAGCCUGAAGACAUUUUAUGGCACAGCGUUUAUCUUUGCGUAAAGAAAGGAAAAAGAAAAGUCAACAUACGUUGGUCGUACAGCGGACCAUUAUCCAACAUGGUUUGCACAAAAAUUACAGCUAAACACAAGGAUCCGAAUACUGGAUGGACCGACAACUACAUUUGUGUACCUCAGAGAUCCCCCUACAAAUUCUCGUGGUCAGAAAGGGGUAAAAUCUCAGGUUACAAUUGUAUGGAAUGGCAACAUCUAAAAGAUGGAGGAUGGGGAUCAGGAAAAUAUUUGUGCGCAGAAAAGUUUCCACGCAAUAACCAUACAAUGUUUAAUAAUUUGUCAACCUGGGCACACGGUAAUAUUACAUCAAAUAAAACAGGCAAUGUACACUUUGAAAAGGUUGACUAUAAUUUCACAACCACCACCUUACAAGAGAAUGGGUAUUUGCCAGGCAAUAACUUCGACAAUAACAAUUCAAGUUUAUAUAAUUCGUCACUGGAGGCGUCCUUCAAUAUUACGUCAAAUGAAACGGCGUUUGAACUUAUUGCAACAGCUAACAGGAUUGUGGGCGAAAAAUUACACGCACACGAGUUUGAUUUAAGAUACCCCCCAGCUAGGACUGAUGCUUCUGAAGAGCAAAAAGACGCUCCUAUACGAGAUCGUUCAGCUCUGUGGCCCAGAGGAAUUGUUCCCUACGUACUGGGAAACUCAAUAAGAAAUCGUAGAUGGUUUAGGAACAUUGUCAAGGGAGCAAUGGACGAGUGGGAGGAGAAGACAUGCGUUAAAUUUCGACCAAAAACUAUUUACGAUACCAAUUAUGUUUACAUCUUCGUUGGAGAUGGGUGUAAUUCCGACGUGGGUAUGGUUGGAGGGCGACAAACUGUUUCCUUAGGAGUUGGUUGUGAGCACCAUAGCGUUGUACUUCACGAACUAGGUCAUGUUCUUGGCUUUUGGCAUGAGCAAAAUCGCCCGGAUCGUGACAAAUACGUUAAAAUCAUCAAAAAAAAUAUAAGAAAAAACCUUUACUUUGCUUUCCGUAAAUACAGUACAUACAAGAUCAACAGUCUUGGUAUUCCUUACGAUUACAAAUCCAUCAUGCAUUACGCGCACAAUGCGUUUGGUAAAGGCAGAAAAACAACAAUAGUGGCAUUAGAUGGUAAGACGAGGAGAUUUGGAAACACCCAUCUAAGUGCUUUAGAUGUAGAGCAAACAAAAAGAUUAUACAAAUGUCCAGAUAAGUCUAACAAAAAUCCGGACUUUCCUGAAGAUUUUACAUUCACAUUUUCGAAGCGCCCAAGUCAUAAAUGCUAUAGACUGUAUGAGCCCAAUGACAUUUCAUGGCGCAGAGUCUAUCUUUGCGUAAAGAAAGGAAAAAGAAAAGUCAACAUACGUUGGUCGUACAGCGGACCAAUAUCCAACAUGGUUUGCACAAAAAUUACAGCUAGACAUAAACGUCCGUAUACUGGAUGGAGCGACAACUACAUUUGUGUACCUCAGGGAUCCCCCUACAAAUUCUUAUGGUCAGAAAGGGGUAAAAUCUCAGGUUACAAUUGUAUGAAAUGGCAACAUCUAAGAGACAGAGAAUGGGGAUCAGGAAAAUACUUGUGCGCAAAAUCAGAUGACAAACCGGUGAAUGGCAAAUGGUCUCCUUGGUCAAUUUGGGGACAAUGUACCAAAAAAUGUGGUAUUGGUGGUUAUCAAAUUCGUAGAAGAGAAUGCAACAAUCCAUCUCCUAAGAAUGGUGGACGUACAUGCUUGGGGCAAGCUUACCAAUCACGAUAUUGUAAUACUCAUAAAUGCAACGAGUUACCACGAUGGCCUGAGGAUUUCACAUAUCGUUACCACAACUACUCACCUUCAUCAACAACAUGUAUACGAACUUAUGAACGAGCACAGUACUUUCAAUGGACUAGUUACUAUUUUUGUAGUCGAUAUGGACGACGAGAUAUAAACAUGAAAUGGUCAGAUAAUGGUCCAAUAAGAUAUAUGAAAUGUGUGAGAAUUGAUGAACCACAAGAGGCAAUAAGAAAUGGUUGGGACAAUAACUAUUUGUGUGUUCCAAAAAAAUCACCUUACAACUUCGUUUGGUCAAAUAAAGGUCCUAUCAGUAGUCUAGCCUGUAUUCAAUGGUAUGCAAAAGGAGGAAAGGAUGGAUGGAAUAAUAAUUACCUAUGUGCUCGAAAGUUUAAUGGUCGACCUGAUCUAACAACAAACCCUCCAGCUAUAAAUGGACAAUGGUCAUCUUGGGGACGUUGGACAACAUGUUCGCGCUCAUGUGGUGUGGGCUUCAUGACCAGAUACAGAACUUGCUCCAAUCCAUACCCGAAAAAUGGAGGAAAAUCUUGCACAGGAGGACGAGAAAUGAAGCAAAAAUGUAACACACAGGAAUGUCCAAGUGUAUGCUUCAAUAAAUACAGUGGAAAUAGCGGAGUGUUUCAAUCAACUUCCAGUAGACGAGGUCAAUGUACGUGGAUUAUUCAAGUUCGGUCUGGCUACAGAGUUCGCUUACGUUUUACUUAUUUUAGUGUUGGAGUGGACAGAUAUGCCUGUUCGCGUAGCUCUGAUCACGUGACAAUAAGAGACGGGCAACAUACGACUGCGCGAGUAUUAAAGACAUUGUGUGGUUCAUCUUUACCACCAUUAGUGUAUGGCUCAGGAAAUUCAAUACGAAUUACUCUCAAGUCGUUCAAUAACAUAAACAGUGGAUUCCGGGCAAGAUGGGUUGCUGUUCGAACAAAUCAAUUUUCUACAACCCCAACACCUAAACCUACUACCACAAAAGAUGUGAAAUGUGGAGGAAUCAUAAACACGAACAAAGGAAACAUAUCCUCUCCAAACUAUCCAGAAAAAUAUCCACGAAAUAUAAAAUGUACAUGGAUCAUUAAGGUUCCCGUCCACAAACUGCUCAAACUGCGCUUUUUGUCCUUUAAUCUCGAGAGCCAUUCAAGUUGCGAGUAUGACUAUGUUCAGAUUAGAGACGGCGCAAGUCUCAAGUCCAAAUCGUUGGGAUCAUUUUGCGGAAGCACUUUACCUGCUCCAGUAACUGCUUUUGCAAACAGCUUGUACAUCGAGUUCAAGUCGGACCUAACCAAUGAAAUGAAAGGAUUCAAAGCAGAGUUUUAUACGAAAAGGCGAAAAUUUGCUUGUGGUGGAAAGAGAUGGAAAGUGUACACAACAGAAAAUGGAACAAGAUAUUGCUAUCUUAUUAAAAAAAAGAAAACAACAUGGAGACAAGCUAGAAAUGAUUGUAAAAGAAAGAACUCUGAUUUAUUGAGCAUAGCCGACAGUGAGGAAAAUUGGUUCGUAAGAAAUGAGCUAAUGGCAGAAGUCAAAUACUACCAACUUUGGAUGGGAUUUAAUGACUUGAUAAGAGAAGGAAAUUGGGCUUGGAGUGAUAAGAGUCAAGUCAAUUUUGAGGAUUGGGAUGGUGGUGAUCCAAACAAUGGCGGAAGACGAAGAAACGAAGAUUGUGGUGUAUUAAAACCUGAUGGGAAAUGGAAUGACUAUCCUUGUAACUACCGCUUCAAGUAUAUCUGUAAGAAGAAACUCAUUAAGGACAAUGUAUAAAUCGUACGAAAUACACUCUUUUUAUGGAGUUUGUGAAAGUACAAGUUGGAAGAUAUAAAUAACGUGUGAUAAUUACAGAAAAAUAUUAACCGAAGAAAUGGUGAAGUAUAAGAAAUGGAAUGGAGUAUUAUUUUAUUUGCAAAAUAUGUAUAUUUUAUAGAAAUUUGAUAAAUGAAUACGUGGCUAUAUGAAUUUACCAUGUUUGCAAUAGUUGUCAUGUAUUUUUUCAUCUAAUGCAAGCACGACAAUGAAGAAAUUUCUUUUUAUCAAUUGGAAAAUGUACAUGAGACUAAUGUUAUACCGGCCAAAUAUAUCCAUAUGUAUUCUACACCAAGUUUAAAAUAAGAUAACAAUAUAUAUCCAUAUGUAUCCUACGGCAAGCUUAAAAUAAAAUAACAAUAUAUAUCCAUAUGUACCAUA